AUGAAAAGACUCACAGCGAGUAAUUUUGGUCGAAUUUGCAAAAUGCGCCGAAACUCAAGCUGUAAAAAUGCUGUGUAUUUGAUUUUGUAUCAAACAUUUAACAGCAAAUCUGUUCAAUAUGGUAGGGAUAUGGAGAACCAAGCAAAAACUGCUUUUCAAAAUAUUAUGGGGCUUACCGUGGAACAAUGUGGUCUUUUUAUUGACAAAAAUAUUUCAUACUUAGCUGCUAGCCCAGACGGAAUUGUUGGCGAUAAUGCAAUUAUAGAAAUUAAAUGUCCGUAUGCUGCAAAGGAUACUUCAAAUAAGUAUGAAGCAGUGUCAUCUGGAAAA